CUGGCGGAGGAGGGGAUUGCGCUGCUUGGGGGCGGACCCUGGGUCGCGACCUCUCCCACCUUCCCGGUUCGGCGACUUCGACCCCACCCCUACCCGGGUCGUGCCCCAAACCCGAGCCUACCCGUAUGGCCCGGCACGUGUUCCUGACUGGGCCCCCAGGAGUUGGAAAAACAACACUGAUCCAGAAAGCCACUGAAGUUUUAAAGUCCUCUGGCAUGCCUGUCGAUGGGUUUUAUACAGAAGAAGUCAGACAGGGAGGAAGAAGAAUAGGGUUUGAUGUUGUCACGUUGUCUGGCAUCCGGGGACCUUUAUCCAGAAUUGGGUCAGAGCCUCUGCCUGGAAAGCGUGAGUGCCGUGUAGGGCAGUACGUGGUGGAUCUGACGUCCUUUGAGCAGCUGGCGCUCCCGGUCUUGAGGAAUGUGGAAUCGCUGGCAGGGCGACACUGGGCCAGCCUCCCAGCCUCGUGCCUUGGGACUGGGCAGGUGCCAGUGGUCGCCCAGGACGGAGCGUUUGUGUCAUCGACGAGGUGGGGAAGAUGGAGCUCUUCAGUCAGCCGUUCAUCCAGGCCGUCCGCCAGGCGCUGUCCACGCCAGGGACUGUGGUCCUCGGCACCAUCCCCGUACCCAAAGGAAAACCACUGGCCCUCGUGGAAGAGAUCAGAACCCGAAAGGACGUGAAGGUGUUGAGCGUAACCAAGGAGAACAGAAAUCACCUUUUGCCAGAGAUUGUGACCCACGUGCAGAGCAGCCAGAAGUGAAGAAGACGUGUCACCACUUCUCUGCACGUGCAGACGUUUCUUCGAGAGGAGCCCCACUGCCCUGCCCGACCAGGUUUUAUGCCUUUGGUUUACGAAACCUUGGAGGCUUUUCCAAAGAGAGCCUGACAGCUGUUUUCCAUAAAAUGUUUUAAAAUAUCAAAUUAGCCUUAAUGCUGGAUUGACUCUACAAGAUUAACAAUCCACUGUGGUGUAUUUAUGCUGAGAGAUUUCUGUUUAUUUCCUCUUGCAGUUGUGCAUAUGAUUUGGGUAAAUUAUGAAAGAAGAAAUGGUUUUCGGAGUAUUAGAUGGAAUUUGCCCCCAUUGAAGUUUAUAAAUGUGUUCAGGGGAGGGGGGUGGGGAGGAGUUCACUGCCUGAUCAUUUUGGCAUGUCAGGAAAAUUAAACCCCUCCCCGGGAGCAGCUGCAGCCUCCUGCAACUUGGAGUGAUAACAGUUAUUUGAUUUUAAGAAAAUCAGUAUUUCAGGAAAAACCAUUUUCGGUCCUUCCCUGCCCGCAUCUUUGACUGUUUAUCUGUUUGCUUAUUGCUUAAUAAAAUAAAGAGAAAUGUGAUGGCUGCAGA